GUAAAAAAGUCUCUAGUCUACAAAGUAUCAAAAUACUGAUUAUAACUUGUCCGUACGUUUUAUAAAUCGAAACCGAUUUCCUCUUGAUCAGUCCUUUGCAAAAAACAUUCUACAAUGGUUCACAAAAUUGCUUCCGUAACACUGCUAACGGCACUUUUUUCUGUUACAAUUGUACAAAUAUAUAACAAAUCUAAACUGAAACACCCGUACGCAGAUUUUACCGUUCAAGAACUCGUUGAAAAAUACGAAUAUCCAGUUGAAGUUCAUAACGUCACUACGGAAGAUGGCUACAUCCUAACCCUCCACAGAAUUCCUCACGGGAAAGAAAAUCUUUCCCAAAAUAGGACACCAGUUUUGCUUUUACCCGGUGCCCUGCAAAGUUCCUGGGAUUUUGUGCAGAAUGGACCCAAUCAAUCUUUACCGUUUAUUUUAAGCGAAAAGGGAUACGACGUUUGGCUGGGAAAUGUGAGAGGUACCACCUUGUCCAGGAAACACGAAACUUUAGAUCCUGACAAGGAUCUAGCUUUUUGGGAUUUUACGAUUAACGAAAUCGGGGUUUAUGAUCUACCAGCUUUGAUUGACUACGUUUUGGAAACCACCAAAGAGAGUUCGCUCCAUUACGUUGGAUUUUCUCAAGGGACAACAGUAUUUUUCUUAAUGGGGUCUGAAAGAAGUGAAUACCUUAGCAAAGUUAAGUUAAUGUCAGCCUUCGGACCUACUGUAUAUAUGGAAAACCCGAAAAGUCCGAUCGUCAAGUUCAUAGCAGAUAAUUGGAAGCUCGGAGAGGCACUGCUUAAUUUUUUUAACUAUCAAGAAUUGUUUAGCAUUAAUGAUCCCAUGACUAUAUACCUGAGGUACGUCUGUAAUGACGAAAAUUCUAUUUUCAUAAAUUUAUGUGUACAUCACUUCUCUAUGGCUUUAGGCGACAAUUACGACACUGCAGAUAAGAGCAUGCUAUCUUUGCUAACUUCGAAGAGUCCAUGUGGAGCAUCAAUGAAGCAACUCAUUCACUUCUACCAAAUGAUCGAUUCUGGAAAUUUUUGUAAAUAUGACUUCGGAACUAGACGCAAUUUGGAAAUUUAUGGCCAAGAAACGCCACCCCUUUAUAAUUUAUCGAAAGUUACCAUUCCUGUAGCAUUAUAUUAUUCCAGCAAUGACUGGGUCAUCGAUAUAACAAAUAUGGACCGGCUUGAGAAAACACUUCCAAAUGUGGUGAAGAGUUACAAAGUGCCUUUGGAAAAGUUCAACCACGGCGACUUUUUGUUUGCUAAAGAUGUAGUUGGUCUUUUGUAUAAUAGUGUCAUAGAUGAAAUUUCAAAAUACUAAAAUGAAGAAAAAAAUCAAAAAGUUGUCAAGCG